CCAGCGCCCGUCGGGGAAGCAGUUGACAGCAGUCAAGAGCAGGCCGAAGUUAGCUCGCUCGCUGGCCGGCCAUGUCGUCCCCCUCCUCCUCCAGGCGCCAGUGGUGCUACCUGUGCGACCUGCCAAAGAUGCCGUGGACUGUGGUGUGGGACUUCAGCGAGGUGGUCUGUCGAGGCUGCGUGAACUACGAAGGCGCGAAUCAGAUUGAAUUCCUGAUAGCGAGCGCCCGACAGCUGAAACGAACUCAUGGGAUGCAGGACGGUAACGUCCGGUCACCCGGUCCUUCGCCUAAUAAACACGGCACAACUGGCAGAGGAGAGACGGCUGCAGACGGGGGCAGGCCACACACCGACCGCUUUGACAGGGGAGGGAGAGGAGAAAGUACUGGGUCCGCUAUCCGCGUGCCGCCCAACGGGCUGCACCGUGACGGCCAGCCACCUCCGGAGGUGAACCGGCAGAGCCCCAGCGGCAGCCGAAGACCCAUGCUCGGCGCUGCCAUCCCUCCCAGUCUAGUAACUCAAAGUAUUGCAGGGAUCCCUCAUGGGUUGCUUGCAGGCAUGCCGGCGGGUCUGACCGCCAGGACAGCUCCUAUGAGCAGCCCCAUGAUCUUCCCUGCCCCGGUGCUGGCCGAGAUGAGCCGCAGACAGCUGGGAAUAGGGAUGGGGAUAGCCCCUUUCAUCACUCCAGAGCUUGAGCGAGAGCUGAGUUCAUCCCAGAACCAGCCCAAGAUACAGACACAGGUCCACACGUCUGUGACUGCCAGCAGCGCCAGCAAGAGCACAGGCCUGCCUUCCUCGUCCUCCUCCAUGGCUGGGGGUGUGAGCCAGACAAGCCCAAAGCCUGCCUCUUCUCCAGCCAGGCAGCCACGACCACUGACUGCGAGGUCCGGAGCAGAGCCCCUGGGAUCCAGCACCUCCGCAGAAGCAGCCACUACAGCUGCAGCUUUACCCCACAGUGGUGCCUCCGAGCUGGGAUCAGCGUCAGCAAACAACACCCACUCAACCGGAAACACUCUGUCCUGCACCUUGUGUCAUGAGAGGCUGGAAGACACACACUUUGUUCAGUGUCCAUCAGUGCCAGGGCACAGGUUCUGCUUCCCCUGCACCAGAGUGUACAUUCAGAGCCGACGGGGUGAUGGGGAGGUGUACUGCCCCAGCGGAGAGCGCUGUCCGUUGGAUACCUCUCCCAACAGUCCCCCUUGGGCCUUCAUGCAGGGAGAGGUCUCCACCAUACUGGGCACUCCUGCAGCGGGAGCAGGAGCUGCAUCGGCUGCUGCAUCUGGAGCCGCGACCGGGCCUGGGCCCGGGCCCGGGUCCGCCUCCGGGGCCGGGACCGGAGCUGCCAGUGGAGCCGCAGCUGGAAGUGGAGACGUCACCGUCAAGAAAGAGAGAGAGACGUGAUGAUAAUUUCCACAGAAACCAGGACCGAACACAGCCACAGAGUCGUAUCACAUACCAGAAGGAGACGUCUGCACUGGUCCACAUACAGAUCCAGAAGAGAAGCCACAUGCAGUGACCCACAGUUCAGAAAACCUCCAUCACACAGGUUUUAACUCCACCUAUCCACACCGCCCGAUUUCAUCGACAUUAUCAGACCUCGCCAGAUCUCUGACGAAAGUAGCGAAGUCUGUCUUCUCACAUCGCCAUUAUUUGUUUAUUUUUUUCUUUCACUUUGCCAACAUUUGUACCUAAAUCUUAUUGUUCUGAUGUAAUGAUGACAUAAAAAUGAAAUUUCAUGAAUCACAUUCAAAUUACCAAAUGAGUGCAUUCACCCUCACCAGCUCUGGAAAACAAUCCUAUGUCCGAUGCUCAGUCCAGCAAACAGUAAUGCCACAAGUUUCCCGAGACUGUGGCUGAUGUAAGUAAGCAUAAAGAUUGAAAAGGCCUUUAUGAUGUACUGUCGGAAUCAGAUAUUCAGGACCAAUCAACAGCUGAAGGAAGGCUACUUUUUGUGAAGUUAGUCCUGACGUCAGCUGAAAACUAUGAUAAUGUCCACAUUAACACUUCAAGCUACUGUUAGCAAACAGGCUAAACACAACACAUUGACUACACCAGUUUUCAAUAACUCAUUUUUCUACAGACAAAAACAUCUGGAAAUUUUGAAAGAGAUACUAUGAUCACGUAAAUAAGAUGCACCUUAAGAAACAACCAAUGCAAACACUUCUAUCUCUCUACAAAGCCAGCAGAAUAUAUAAUUGGAUGUAAUUGCUAAUAGUAGCCUGUUAGCAAAUCUAACACAUGAAUGUUCUUUGUUACAGUUACACUUCCUCAGUUGCACAGAGUAGCCAGUGUUUAUUGUAACGGUACACUCAGUAUUGUGUUUGCACAGGAGAGCACAAAAUCUUGCUUUGACAAUUCCAACAAAAAAAUGUUGAAAUGCUUAAACGAGCAGCCAAAGUCGUUGCAUUUCUUUUUCCUUGUUGAUGAACAAACAGUUGGCCGACUGGCAGCGAGCGGCUACAGGCCAAAUCUGGCUAUUCUGAGAUCAGUCAAAAUAUGUUGACACAACUGUCUGGGACAAAUGAUAUUUUCUCUGCCAAUAUUCAGUCUAAAAGGCAAAAAUUGUUGCUCAUACAAAUACAUUUGUCACUCACAUAACAUAAUAUUGACAUCUAUGAUGACAAAGUGUACCUUAAAUUUGAAAAUCCAGAUUUUUUUAUUUUGUCUUGGAUGUUUAUUACUACGAUACCAUUCUUUUGUGACUCAAUCUGUGGCCUGGCACACAAUAAUAUAUAUUGUUUUUUGGAGACACAUGAAAUAAAACUCCACUAAAACACCCUAAACAUGAACUGACAUGAGAUGUGGGCAGAAUGUCAGCUGUGACAUUUCUCUGUGCAUUUGUUUGUUUUGUUUUUUUCAUCAUGUCUCUGCUUUAAAGCUGACUUAGAGGAGAAAGGAGAACGGUUUUUUUUGCUGUGUAGAAUCAACCAGUUAAUCUGUCAAAGCAUCGACCAGCCACAGAAACUCUGUGUUUGACUGUAUUUAAAUGUCGCUUUCAUACAAGAUCCAGCCCAGCCUACGCUUUACCCCGAAUGUAUAUGAAAAGAUAUCUAUUGAUAGGCCUAGGACUAUAUUUUAUACUAGAAUGUUAAAUGUUAUAUACUGUAUAGAACUAUAAUAGUAUGUACGUGCAAUCCUUAGUCCUAGUAUAUGCAACAGUUUGGAAUAUGUAAUUUAAAAAAAAAUUGGCUUAUCAUUUCUUAACCUGAUAUAUAUUUUUUUUUUUUUGUUUGUUUUUUAAGUGAGAAUCCACCUGAAAGCAGAAAUGUUCUUCUGUAAUUUCUGAAGGUUUAAUGAAUGAAUGAGUUUCUACUAUGUCCUAAUAUUUCAUAUGAACGAGUUUCUCCAAAUUUAAUGUACUGUGGAAGGCCAUACACGCUGUAUGUAUGUAUGUUAUGUAUGUAUCUUGUUCUUCAUUAACGAUGUCCUCUUUAAUUGAACGAUCUUAAGAUUUUAAUAUAAUUUGGAUCAGGAGUUUUUUGGUGGAUUCUCUCUCUAUAUAUAUAUGUGCAGUAUGUGCUCGUCAGUACAGAAGCACAGACAAACCAAAGGUAAUUAUAUAUAUAUAUAUAAAUAUAUAUAUAUAUAUUUCUCGGCCAGGUCUUAACCAACCAGUUUUCUUCAUCCAGCCGUUACAGUUUACAGGCCUGUGUGGUCGACUGUACUUACAGGAUUUUACAUAUAAAAGUCUGUAGUAUUCAGCAAAUACUUAUAUAGGCCUUCUACAUUCAAAGAACCUCCCACAGAUCAAGGCCCCCGUACCCCCCCCCCCCCACCCCCACCCAAAAAGCAUCCGAAGGCUGAGACGAUCUCGUCCCGUCGACUUACGACGGUGUGAGAUCAUCUUCUCGGGGCCCAGGUCCGCUGUAGAGAAACGUCUUUGAAGAAGUGGAAUUUAAGUUUUAAUAUGCACUGAUACAUCAUGCAAUCCCUUGUUAAGUGCCUUUUUAAAAAAAAGUUUACCGUCUGUUUGUGUGUCUGGGAACCUCAGGGGAAGUAGGAGUGCAAUGGCUUUUUUUUUUUUUUUUUUUUUUUUUAAUUGUUUAGUCAGUUAUUAACCUGAAUCUGUUUCCCUUCAAUCGCCAUCAGACGUCUUUUGCUUUUUAUCAGAAGCCUUUGUAAAGUCGACCGGCCAGUCAUUGUUUGGAUAUGGUCUCUCCUCGCAUUUCUGUCCACGUUGAGUUUCUUUUCCUUCAUGUGUCAUUUUUAGAUCUGUUGGUUUUAUUGCAGCUUAAUGUACAAAAUAGAAACCAGGAAUAAAUGGGAUGGAAACUUGUA